AUGGAUGCAUCAUAUCAUCCUGGCGGCUUUGAGAUUGGGUGCGAUGGGAUUUGAGCUGUGCCUGUGCGGGCAGAUAGUUUACACAUGUACUUAGUUUGUGUAUGGGGUUGACGCUUAACUAUCAGGCAGUACGAACUGACUGGUUAUAAUUGCUACGAGGGAACAAAGAAUAAGAUAUAUAUUCUGUAUCGUUCGCGAGAAAUAUGGCCCAAUUUCAGUGGACUCCUAACAAAAAUAAUAUGAAUUGUGAAAGCAUAGUAAUGCUAAGCCCUAUUACAAAGACCCCAAUUCAGCAAAGUAAUAUUCAAUUGAAAAAGAGUUUUCAACAUGGUACAAGUGGUUUAUCUCUCUUACCAAGUCAUAUAACACCUCCCUCUGGCUUAACAAAGUUUAUAGCUAGAAAUCCAUUUGAAGCAGACCUAACUAGUAAACUACACGUUUCAGUUAUAAGUCCAACAGUAUUUACAAAGGUUGUUAGCCCAGCUCAAAAAGGGUCUCCGCAAUUUAGUUGGAGUAUAGAUGAACUAGCAGUUAUGCAACCAGCUAAAAUAGAUGAAUUCCCAAUACAACAAAUGCACUGUUCAGAUCCUGAAAUAGAAAAAAAUGCCCAAGAAGCAAUUAGUAGGUUUUUUAAUGAAAAUCAAAUUAUUCCCAGUCCUUUGGAAAUUAAAACAAAUGAAAGUAAUUUAAGAGUGAAUAGGGAUUUGAAAACACCUAUAAGAGCUGGAGAAAGUAUUUAUGAGUCAAAGGAAAAUGACAAUUUGAAUAAAGAUACAAAAGAAAGUUGGACUCAAACUGUAUUGUCCUUACCACCAGUAUUACCUCCAAGUGUUGAGGAAAUUCUGAAACCUUACUUUAAUUUUAUUCAAGAUCAAAAUUUAGAUAAUGAGGAGAUUAACACAAGCAAUACUUCAUUGAGAAGAAAAUUAUUUUUUGAAAACCACAAUGAUUCUCAUAAUGAGUCAAGUGAUUCAGAAGUGAUAUCUCCUAUCAAAUCAAAGAGUCCCUUUGGUCAUUGCUUAAGCCCGCCACAUAGUGGAAUGUUUUUUCAUGGUACCCCAUUAAGAGCUCGUACCACAAUAUCUCAAAGAAAUUAUGGGACUCCUUUGGCAUAUAAUGAAAAUUCUUCUCCAUGUAAUGUUUCUCCAAUUAAUAAUCCUACACUAAACAUGUCUUGUCAGAGUACUGAAUCUCAAAGCAAAGCUAGACUUGAUUUUACAAAAGAUAUGAGUAUAGAGCUUUCUUGUUCUGAAGACAAUCGUGACGAUUCUGUAAAGGAAGACUGUAAAACCUUGUUUUCUGAGGAAAUUAAAAUGAUUGUGAGAAAAAAUGCAAAUGUAAAUGAAGUUAAUGAAGGAAAUCAUGAUAUCACACAAUUGAUGGUUUCUAAUGAUAAUUUUGUCAAAAUUAAAUAUGAAGAUAAAGAGAAUUUUGUUUCAACUAGUUUCAGCAACAAUGAAAAAUCUAAACUAACUGAAAUUCAUAAAACAAAUUUUAGUGAGAUUUAUGCAAUGCAACAAAGCAACAUGCUUUCUGGUAAUUGCGUUCAGCCAAUGGCAUUUAGUUCUACUCAUGAUACUGGAUAUCAAACUUAUAGUAGCAGUAAUAUUACCAGUAAUUUUGACAGUUAUAGUAAUUCAAUGAAGCAAAAAUUAUGUUGGGAUGAACGAACUACACAAGCAGAUGAUGAAGUUCAAUUAACAGACUGGAAAGAAAAUAUGAAAAAUGUAAUAAGUUCUACACCAUCUAAAUUUAGAUGCAUGAACGGUUUUUAAGCUUGUUCAGUUAUUGUAGGAUAGAUUAUUUAUGUAAUUUUACCUUACCGUGUAAAAUGUUGAACAAAUUUAAGAUUUCUUAGAUGUUAAACAUAUAUGUGGAAUAAGGCACGUCAAAUAAUUGUAAAAUGAAAAAAAUAUUUCAGCUGAUUUAAAAGAAACUUAAAACGUUAAAAAAACUUAUUUUUUAGCUGAAUUUAGUAAAUUUUACAAACCAUAAACUUAUAAAAUUUCAUAUAUUUUGUGAUAUGCUCAAAGUCUUAGAACUUAACUUCGUUUUUAAUCAUUUAAAAUUUUUCUAAAACAUUGUAAAUGCAUUUUUCUUAUGAUAAUAAUAAAUGCUGACUGAACUAACUAUAAUCGGGGUAGUUGAAGAUUUAGGUAAUUAUGAUUCACAAUUGUUUUGAAAAUUUAUGUAACUUUUGCAUUGAAUCAAUCGAUAUUCCUUUGUGCAAUUUUUAGUAAUAAAAUACUUUUGAUAAAAA